UGUGGAACGUUGGUAAAUUGCGACAGCUGUAUUCAGAGAGGGUCUCCGAGAUAUUACUUCAGGAAGAUUGAAAGAAAUGGCUUGUGGGUGUUUAUGAAUGCAACGAAUAACAAAUGAACGGAAGUUGUUUGUAAACAUGGUGCGCUGCUCCAGAUGGGAAAAUUGAAUGGUGCUUGUUGAGACUGUGCAGACACCGAACAAAUUGCACGAUUAAAACAAUUUCUAAUGGCCCAAAGGGGAAAAUGAAAGUAAAGCUAGAACUGUUUACCAUGCUAGUUUAUAUUCAUGUUAAAAUCCAGAGUGUGUCUGCAAGUAAUUCUCCUUUUUGCCUUUGCCAACUCCAACUGUCCAGGGUCCUGCUUUGACCACAGCUUCUGUCCAUUAUUCUAUAAGGAAGAGUCUUGCGAUCUUUGUCAGAGCUCGGAAGAUUAAUUGAUUUGUCGUUUAUUACUCGACUGCAUACAUUUGCUGGCAGGACUCGACUCAAAUGUUCCUUUCUGCUCCAUGAAACAGCCACACACCAAGAGAAGAAUAUUUUGUAAUCCCUACAUUUCUUACUUGAUAAAACCGCUUCCUCAAUACCCACCCCGACAUGAUAUGACCUAUAAAAGGCAGAGGAAAUGUUACCUACACCUUCAUGUACUUUAUUUCAGAAUCGUUGAGAAAGCCGGUCUUAUUUUCCACUCUUACCAUUGGUUCUGGCGAUCAUGUGACGAUAAAACCAGCCUCAUCUCAACGUCGGGACCGUCUAUUCAAUAGACAUAGUUUAAUAAUAGCACACUCCCUUAGCGUUUGCAAUCAGUAUAUUUUAUAAAUAUACAUUUUUUUUUCAAAAUAAUUGUCAAAUAAGCAAUUUUCCACCGAUUCUCCCCGAGCAGAAAUGAACAGCGAAUUUGAGCGAGAGGUUGGUUUUAUCAAUAGUGAGCCGUCGCUUGCCGAGUGCCUGCCAUCCUUGCCUCCUGUAAGCGAGACAUUUCAAAGUUCAUCAAUCAAGAACUCGACGCUUUCACAUUCGACACUGAUUCCUCCUCCUUUUGAGCACAGCUUCUGCAGCUUGGACCCUGGUAACACACACCAAAAUGGGAAAACCCACACUUCAAAAGGCAUUGGUCGGUCCACGUUAAGGGAUAAACCUCUGGAAUACCCGUGGAUGAGAGAGAAGAAAAACCACAAGAAAAAAACUAUCCCCGCGCCAGGAUCAGUUUCGUCUUGUUCUUCCAAUGAAGAAAACGAAGAGCUUAAUGAGCCGGAUAACGGGAGUCCUUAUGACAGCUCCAGGAGACUACGAACCACUUACACUAACAAUCAGCUGUUGGAGCUUGAGAAGGAAUUUCAUUACAAUAAAUACCUUUGUAGACCACGGAGGGUAGAAAUCGCAGCUCUCCUCGAUUUAACAGAACGGCAAGUCAAAGUCUGGUUUCAGAACAGACGCAUGAAACACAAGAGGCAAACUCGAUUCAAACAAAGCCAAAAUGCCGAAUCAAAGCGCCACGUUGCCAACAGUGUUAAUCAGAGUGGAUUUUCCACGAGAAGUUUUGAGGCACCUUUAAAUAAAAUGUUGAGUUCAUUAUACAGUGAAAGCACUACAAAGCAAGAUAUAUGUGGUCUUACACAUAAAGAUACAUUGAGCGAUAUCGGCAGAGAUCUGCUCAGUGUUGGUACUUCUCUGAUCCCCACUGAGGGAUCGGAGAGCUAUCCUUUCCCUCAGAGUUCAGAUGAAACCGACUGCCUGCUACCUAUACUGAAGAACUGCUCAGCUGGAACAAGCCCCAGUAGUCCGGAGAGCUUCAGUAUCCCAUCUCUGGAGGACUUAGACAAAAUUACAAUCGAACCCCGUCUAGAUCUGCUGGAAGAUUUACCUCAUAUGUCUUUGUUGGAAAACGAAGACACGCUGGCUAUUCCGUCCAAUGUGUUUGACUUUUUAAGUGACAGUUUUAGUUCCACUGAUUUGCAGCAAUUGCAGUUUUAGUUCGAAUUCCAACAUAUCCAUGCACACUCUGCUGAGAUACUCUAAUGUGUGCUAUCUCCAGCAGCUACGAAAUAAUUGGAAAGUCGUGUCAUUUAGUACAAUCCUCUUGGUCCGAGGCAUAGUCAACUAUGGACCUCAGUUCAUACCAGCAUGAUGCCAUGAAUGAAAACAAUGAGUUCGGAGAAAAUUUAAUGAAGUGCAAGAAAUAAAAUUAUUUUCAAUAUUUUAUUUUGAAUAGUAUAAAUAUGUCGAGUAUUGCAGAUUUUCCAAAACUAAUUACGUUCUUAAAUAACAGAUUAUAUAUUAGCUUUGUAUUAAAAAAAUCAACAUAAAAAUAUGCAAGCAAGGAUAAAAUAUAACAGUUGAUUGUGUCCAUUCUGACUCUGCCGAUCACAUUCAGCCCCAUAGAUGAUCUGUGUCAGUCCAAAAUCUAAAUCAGCCACAUUCCUAGAAAGAAAAAGAAAAAAAAUCAACCAACAAGCAAACAAAAAUAGCAAUAAUUGUGCUCUGGAUGAAUCAAAACUCGCUAUUUAUGAUAACACUACUGUUCCUUAUAACAGAAAGAUUGGUUGUUAUAGAAACUACAUUAAUUAUAAAUCGUGGGAGCUCCUUUCAGGCUUAUGGAUCUCAACAAAUUUUUUUAAAAAUCAGGUUUUAUAUAUCACUAAAGGAUCAAUUUUUCAAGCUGCAUUGUAGAUUUUUAUUCAUAAUUAAAUAUCAAAGAUGUUUCUUAUGAUUUUUAAUACCUGAAAGACUAUAGAGAUCCUCUUCAUUCGCAUGAAGAUGUAUGUAAUUUUCAAUUAUAAAACUACCCGGUUAUUAGAUAGUUUUUCCUGAAGAAAACUCUUAGCAAUCCCAAGCGAUUCCAAGGAAAGGCGCCAUUUUGUUAGACUAAGAAUUUAGCAGCUGAAUAGUCAUAUAUGAGUACCCACUGACAAGAGGUGGUAGAACAAAAGGUUCAUAUAUAACUCCAUUUCCAGCUUCCAACCAGGGUACCUCCGAAGAAAUGCGUGACAUUUGGAAUAUAAACCAAAUAUGAAUAAAUUUCCAGCGCUGAAUAACAAAUCAAAUGUAUUACAUAGUGUAUUACAAAUGAAUGACAUAGCAAAUCAAAAUUGUAUUUCAUGUGGACAUAAUUUCUUUGUCUUCCACAAUUUGAGGCCCGAUUAGCCUAUUACGUGUGAUAUUCAUAUUUCUAAAUCUUGUGCAUUACUUCGAGGAAAAAAUCUUCGCGCUAUAUCUAGUCUAAAGUUUAAAAAAAAAAGAAUGGUAAAGAUCUAAUUGUAACAAGUUUUUUUUAAAUUCCAUGUAAAAGCAAUGUUGAUAUGACCGCCCCCCUCCCCUGCAAAUUUAUUGUUAAAACCUUGAUUAUAAAAAUCUUGUAUUCUCGAAAAUAUUUACCCCAGCCAUUUAUCAAAUUUCACGACCAUGAAAUUUAUUGCGCUUGAUGGUGGUUGAAAAUAAUGUAAAGGGACAUAAAAUGCAUCACAGUCUAAGCCAGAAAUUCACCAGUUAUUUCGAAGAAAAGAUGCAAAUCGUUUCCUCUUUCUGAAGGUGAACACGUGUGCUGUUUAAAAAAGUCCACCUUAGGCGUUCAGCAGACAAAGAAUAACAUUUUACUUAGGGGGAAAAAUGCAGUUUUAAAAUAUUUAACACGCCCACACACAUUUUUAUUAGUAACCACUGCUGAUUGUGCCAGAAUUGCGCGUUGGAACGCCCACGAUGCACAUUUGUAAUGGCCAAUAAAUAUUUAUUUUUCAAAAA